CUCACUUUCUCUUCAUUAUACACUUCAUUGAUUGAAGUUGUUUCAUUCAUUCACUCAAACACGUAAACCGCCAGUCGGACCGUCACUCACUCCUUCCAAAACAAUCUUUUGCACCUCCGCUCUCCGGCCCCACUUACCUCCGAAAGACCCACUUUUUCAAAAUGCCUUCCUUCACGCAAAAGACUCUUCUUACGGCCCUCGCCGGUGCCCUCGGCGUCGCUGCCCACGGCCACGUCAACAGCAUUGUCAUUAACGGCGCUGAGUACGCCGGUUACGACGUGUUCACUCUUCCCUACAGCAGCAGCCCCCCUGUUGUCGUUGGCUGGUCCACCACCGCCACCGAUAACGGCUUUGUCGCCCCCGAUGCCUUCGGAACCGCCGAUAUCAUCUGCCACAAGGAUGCAAAGAACGCCAAGGGCCAUGCCAAGGUCGCCGCUGGUGACAGCAUCUUUUUGGCGUGGGACACUUGGCCUGAAUCUCAUAAGGGUCCUGUCAUUGACUACCUCGCUUCUUGCGGUACCGCCGGUUGCGAGACCGUCGAGAAGGAGACUCUGAAGUUCUUCAAGAUCAGCGAGAAGGGUCUCAUUGACGGCUCUUCCUCCCCUGGCGAGUACGCCUCCGACGAGCUGAUCAAGAACAACAACGGCUGGAUGGUCCAGGUCCCCGAGAACAUCAAGCCCGGCUUCUACGUUCUCCGUCACGAGAUCAUCGCUCUCCACUCCGGUGGUCAGGAGAACGGUGCUCAGAACUACCCCCAGUGCUUCAACCUCGAGGUUACUGGUUCCGGUACUGAGCAGCCCGAGGGUACCCUCGGAACUGAGCUGUACAAGGCCGACGAUGCCGGUAUCCUCUUCAACAUCUACACUCAGCUCAGCACCUACCCCAUCCCCGGCCCCAAGCUGAUUGCUGGUGCCUCCGCUGUCGCCCAGGGCACCUCCGCCGUUGCCAGCACUGCCACUCCCCUCACCGGUGGUGCUUCCGCUGCUGAGCCCACCGCUGACUCCGGCGCCGGCUCUGCCCAGCCCUCUUCCGCUCCCGCUGCCACUACCGCUGCCCCCGCUGCCGGGCUGCAAGAGCAAGCGCAGCAAGAAGGUCCGCCGCCACGUCCGCGACGUCAAGCCCCGCAACGUCGCUCCCAUGAUCAAGUACUAAGUGUACUAUUCGGAGAAAUCAACUCUCACGCAGAGCGUGUUUGUGUAAAAAGAUUCCAACAUUUUCUCGCAAGGAUCAAAUCCACUCUGUCUUUUACCCCAAUUGACGGGGAAGGGCAAGUCAAAAGUGGUUGUUGA